UGUGUGGACAGUGCCACACGCCCUCCGAACAACAACGGCUCUUGCGUGCAUCUCUCAGUGUUUCUUUUGUCAGAGAGCCCAGCAGAGCCACCAGCCUUCCAGUGCCAGCCCUGAGCUGAGCGAGGAGUGCCCAGCCGAGAUGGUGAAGAUGACAAAAUCCAAAACUUUCCAAGCUUAUCUGCCAAACUGUCACCGAACAUACAGCUGUGUCCACUGCAGAGCCCACCUGGCCAAUCACGAUGAGCUGAUCUCCAAGUCUUUUCAGGGAAGUCAGGGACGAGCCUACCUCUUCAAUUCUGUGGUGAAUGUGGGCUGCGGCCCUGCGGAGGAGAGGGUCCUUCUCACUGGCCUGCACGCGGUCGCAGACAUCUACUGUGAAAACUGCAAAACCACGCUCGGGUGGAAAUAUGAACAUGCCUUUGAAAGCAGUCAGAAAUAUAAGGAAGGAAAAUUUAUUAUUGAGCUUGCCCACAUGAUCAAAGACAAUGGUUGGGAGUAA